AUGCCUUGUGGUCAGAAGAGUAAGCUCCGUGCUUGUGAGAAACGCCUCCAUAACAGAGCUCAGACCCAAGGUCUUAAGGAUGCCCAGGCAGCUCCUGCUGUGAAAGAAGAGGCCGUUUCAUCCUCCUCUCUUGCUUGUUGGGAUGGUCCCUCCACCUCCGCUAUGGGUGGGCCUCCGAGUGUCCCAGCCACCACCAGUGCUGCUGCAGGUGUUUCCUGCAAAAGGUCUGAUGGAGGUGCCAGGAGCCGUGUUAAGAAAAGUAAGAAUUCCUCCCAGGCCUCUACUUCCACUGAGAGCUCUGGCCAAGAUCUUCUAGAUAGGAAAGCGGGUAUGUUGGUGCAGUUCCUGCUGCCUAAGUAUAAAAUGAAUGAGCCCAUGAAAAAGGCAGACAUGCUGAAGAUUAUCCACAAAAGGUACAGGGAGCAAUUCCCUGAGAUCCUCAGGAAAGCCUCUCUGAGCUUGGAUCUGAUCUUUGGCUUAGAAAUGAAGGAAGUCAAGCCCAACAGGCACUCCUAUACCCUGGUCUGCAACACAGAUGAUAACGGCAGGGGGAGUCUGAGCAGUGCCUGGCAAUUUCCUCCAAGAGGGAUUCUGAUGCCUCUCCUGGGUGUGAUCUUUCUGCGUCACAACUGCGCCUCUGAGGAGGACACCUGGGAAAUCCUGAAUAUGUGGGGAAUCUAUGACGGAAAAAGGCACAUCAUCUUCGGGGAGCCCAGGAAGCUCAUCGAAGAUUUGGUGAAGGAAAAGUACCUGGAGUGCCGGCAGGUGCCCACCAGUGAUCCUCCAUCCUUUGAAUUCCUCUCGAGUUCAAGAGCCCAUGCUGAGACCACCAAGAUGAAAGCGCUGGAGUUUUUGUCCAAGAUCGAUGGUACCACCCCCAGUGACUUUCCAUGUCAUUAUGAAGACACUUUGAGAGAUGAGAAACAGACAGCCCGGGCCACUGCUGCCACCAUGGCUGGCACUACCUCCAAGUCCAAUGGGGUCCCCAGGGCCACAUCCAGCCGCUAA